GGCAUAUAAGCUCGAGCGCACAGUGAAACGUGUUAUUCCACAACAUUGAACGAACGAACGCGGAAAAAUGAAGUUUUUGUGUUUGUUUUUGGUGCUAAUGUGUUAUUACGAAUCAGCGGUUGUUGAUUCCUCGGCAAUUCCCAUGUGGGAGUUUUUGAGCAAAGAUGAGAAAAUGUCCUACUUGUACUCGAUGUUCGCCAAUCAGGUCGAGCAGUUCUGCGGCAAAUCUACGAUGGCUAAUUGUAACAAGGAGUUGCUGAAGUACGGCCUCGGCAAGCUGAAGGACAUGCCAGAGGAUCAUCUCGAUGUCAUGGACCCUUACCAGAGGGGCGCCAAUGAUAUAAUUUGGGACUCGAUGAUGGAAGGCCAUGAAAUGAUGAAAACAACAAAAUCGCGCCCUUCAACCACCACCAAACCCAACAGUUACGACGACGAUUCCUUUGGCGACUACGGCGCCGCUUCGUCAAAAAUCGACAAUAUAUACAGGGUGGCCCCUCCUAAAGGCUUCGUCUAUACAGUUCAAACGGGGACUCCCCAGUACAUUUCCAGCCCUUACUCGAAAUUCCAACAAACUUACACCGAAAAAUACGCUGUUAAAGUGUACCCUGAUGGGCGUCCGGUGCUGGAAAACACCAGCCAACAGCCCCAAGAUGACGACUUGCGGCAGUACCAACUGUCCAAAGUGAAAAUCCCCAACUUGUAAUAUUGUGAUAAAUGUAUGUUUGUAUGAAUGGGUUAUUUAUAGUGUGCCUUGUUUUAUUUAUAGUGUGCUGUUUUUUAUUUAAUUUAUUAAUUGAUCACUUUGUGAUUGUGAUUAUGUCCAGAGUUACUGGAGGUUUUAUUCGUACACUGUGUAUGUGUCCAAGUAUUCAAUAUAUUGAUCGGAAUUAU